UGAGAUCCGCAUCCCCAUUCUUUUCCCUUUGCCCACGGCCGUGAACGAAGCAAAAGUCAGUCCACAGUUCGCCGAAAACCGCUCAGCUCACAACGUCGUCACUUGCCCCGCCCCCGCCGAGCUCCAAAACAUCUGCAAGUCCAGCGCAACUCAACAACGCAUUGCAACACCACGACACUUUUCUUCAACUCACCUCUACCUUCAUACCCCUAGAACCACCACUUAUUCCAAUCUUUUCAAACUAUCAUUCAAGAUGGCUCGCCAAUUUUUCAUCGGAGGCAACUUCAAAAUGAACGGCAAUAUCAAGUCGAUCAAGGAGAUUGUCAAGAACCUCAACGAAGCGAAGCUUGACCCCAAAGUUGAGGUCGUCAUCGCACCUCCGGCCCUCUACCUCCUUCUCACACGCGAGAACCUUCGUGAAGGCCUCGAGGUCGCUGCGCAGAACGUCUUCGACAAGCCCAACGGCGCUUUCACAGGCGAGAUCUCCGCCGACCAGCUCAAGGACAGCGGCAUCACCUGGACAAUCCUAGGCCACUCUGAGCGCCGCGUCAUCUUGCAGGAGGACGAUGCUUUCGUUGCGAGCAAGACCAAGGCUGCGCUGGACGGUGGUCUGAGCGUGAUUCUAUGCUGCGGCGAGAGCCUCGAACAAAGGGAGAAGGGCGAGACCGUCAGUGUGGUAACCAGGCAGUUGAAGGCUGUAGCAGACAAGGUCAAGGACUGGAGUAAGAUCGUUGUUGCUUACGAGCCCAUCUGGGCCAUCGGCACCGGCAAGGUCGCCACCACGGCCCAAGCACAGGAAGUCCACGCCGCUAUCCGCGAGUGGCUGAAGAAGGAAGUCUCGUCCGAGGCUGCUGAGAAGACGCGCAUUCUGUACGGUGGCAGCGUGACGGAGAAGAACUCCAACGAGCUGGCGAAGCAGCCUGACAUCGAUGGCUUCCUUGUUGGCGGCGCUAGCUUGAAGCCUGCGUUCCAUGAUAUCAUCAACAGCAACCAGGCAUGAAUACAUGGUGGUGAGGCUCGUCUGUAAAAUGGUAGAAG